UUCAAUAAAUGCAUCAAUAAUAGGAUGAAUAGAAAAGGUCUCUAGUGCAGGAGAAAAUGUAGAUGAAGUAACAAGGAAUAGACAAUGGCAAUUUGAGGAAAAUCAAUGAUGAGGACAUCUAGAAGAUUUAGGCUUAUGAAUAGAUGCAAAUAGAGAAUGCAAUGAAAAACUCAACCUGGAGUACUUUGAUGUUGCUAAAAAGCAAGGAGAUUGUCAAAUCAAAGUAAAAAUGGUACAUUUAUAUUUUUAGAUGGAGACCAAAAAAGAAAUAAAGAUUGUGGGAUUAGUAUAAAAUUGAUAAGAUCUUGAAGAAGUAUUCCAUCAUGAUAGAAGGCAACGACCCUCCCCCUCCAAUUAAAUCAUUCUAAGAUUUAAGGGUCGACAACAGAAUUUUGAAAAUCCUCAGCAAAAUGAAAAUCAAGAAACCAACUCCAAUUCAAAUGCAAGGAUUACCAGCUGUGUAUCGAAUUUUCACUAUAUAUUUAAGUUUAAUGGGAAGAGACAUUAUCGGAGUGGCACCAAGUGGAUAAGGCAAGACCUUAGUGUUUCUGUUGCCCGCUUUAUUAUAAUGCAUAGAGGAGGAAAUGAAAAUGCCAGUAAUCAGAGGUGAAGGACCAUUUGCUUUGAUAUUGCUCCCAUCCCAUGAAUUGGCAAUUUUGACCUAUGAGUUGGCAAAACAGUAUUGCCAGAAAUUCUAGAAGAAAGUAAUGAAUAUAUAUUCAAUAGAUAGGGAUUCCCAGCAAUACAUUGUCUCUUGGGAAUUGGAGGUAUGGAUAUGUCAUCCCAGUUGUAAUCAAUACGAAAUGGAGUUCACAUUGUAAUCGGAACUCCUGGUAGAAUUAGUGACAUGGUUAAUAAGAAAAAAAUAAAUAUGGAUUUGUGUAGAUUCAUAGUUCUGGAUGAAGCUGAUAGAAUGUUGGACUAAGUUUUUGAAUUGGAAAUCAGAAACAUUUUAGAACAUUUCACAGUAUGAUUAAUUAACUGAUACCUUAGUUUAGGGUCCUAGAUAAACUAUGUUAUUCAGUGCUACUCUCCCUAAGAAAAUAUAAGAAUUCACAAAACAAACAUUGGUCGACCCAUUAGUCAUAAAUGUAGGUAGAAGUGGUUAAAUUAACUUGAAUGUGAUCUAGGAAAUAUUAUAUGUUAAAUAGGAAGAGAAAUUGCAUUACUUAUUAGAUUGUCUCAAAAAAACAACUCCCCCUGUUGUCAUAUUUAGUGAGCAUUAGAAUGAUGUUGAUGACAUUAAUGAGUAUCUAUUAAUCAAAGGCGUGGAAGUAGUUGGAUUGCAUGGAGGAAAACAAUAGGAGGAUAGAACUAAAGCAUUAAAAUAAUUUUUGAAUGGAUAAAAAGAUGUCUUGGUGGCGACUGAUGUGGCUGCUAAAGGUUUGGAUUUUCCUGACAUUAAACAUGUUAUCAAUUAUGAUAUGCCCAAAGAUGUACCAGAUUAUUCUUAUUUAGAUUGAAUCCUACAUUCACAGAAUUGGAAGAACUGGAAGACAAGGCAAAACAGGCAGAGCAACAACCUUUGUCAAUAGAUAAUAGGAAGAGUCUAUUCUAUUAGAUUUAAAGUAUCUACUUGUGGAAUCCAAAUAAAGUAAUCACAUAUUAUGAUUUCUAGAAAUCCCUUAAUUUUUGGAGAAACUCAAAUCAGACGAGGACUUGAAUGGUUCAUGUGGUUAUUGUGAUGGAAUGGGACAUAGGAUGGCUAAUUGUCCAAAAUUAGAAAAGUAGAAGAUGAGAGUAUUAUAUUAUUCCCUAUUUAUUUUUAGAUUCUCACUAAUCCAAACAAAGAGAGUUGUCCAGAUUUCCUCAAAGGUUAAGACUAUAGAGAGAGUUAAAGUGCAGAAAGAUAAAAUUAAAUGGGAUGA